AGCAAACAGUGUAGAGCUGCAGUAAAGUCUAUAGUGCCUUUUUCCUCUGCGUAAUUUCCAGUCUCAUUUUUCCCUGUGUAACUUCAUAGUCGCCCAACCCUUUUUUCUGUCUUCUUCCCAGACUUUUUUCCUUUUUCUUUUUUUUUCAUGUAGGCUAAUACACAGGCCGGCGCUGCAAUUUCGGAAUCUGCCCUUGUAUAUGGCGGACGAAAAUUUCCACAGCAGGAACCGCACCACAAACCCCCCUGUGCGAGGCAGAAACGGAGUAGAGCCUGCACGGACUGACAGUUGUGCAGUCACCUCUGGUCGGGGAGGGAAGAUUUCUGGAGCGGGAGCCUGUUUCGCAUGAGCUGCAUCGUUUUUGGAGAAGAACGGGGUCAGAGGAGGCGGAGUCAUGAGUGCAAAAGAGGCACCCAAUCCUGGCAUGGAGCAGGCAGACGGUGGGAGUGCAGCCACAGAUGGCCCCUCACCAACCUUAGCCUCAACGACCAAGAGUACCAGUCCACCACCUGUCACAGUAAAGAAAGAACCUGGGACCUCGGAGACGAGUAACGGGAAAGUCGGUGAUCCCAACCCUGCUGAGAUCUGUGUUGUCAUCGGAGGAAAUGAUGGAGGAGCAAGUAGAGGUGGAUCCCGUAGAGCUCAGACCGAGGGUAUGUUUGCCCUUGGUACUCCUCCUCCAACGAAGAGCACAGACUCGUGCAUAGGUUCCUAUGUAUGUGGGGUAUGUGGGAAGAAGUACAAGUAUUAUAACUGCUUUCAGACACACGUCAGGGCACACAGAGAAUCAGAGACCAUGGUUGGAGAUGGUCUACCCCAGACACCCAACAAUAGCUUCCGUUACUCCUGUGACAUCUGCGGCAAGAAGUAUAAAUACUACAGCUGCUUCCAGGAGCACCGUGACCUGCAUGCAGUUGAUGAUCCAUAUGAACAGGUAGUGUUACCUGUGGAUGGCCUUAAAGAGGAGGAGCCAGUGGAACCCUAUCAGAAAAUCGGACCAAGGGAAAAAGCACUCGCCCACCUCCUCAGAGACCGCGGGUUCAACCGACGGCAGCGGGUGUCCCUUCAAACACAAUUGGCAGUGUUCGCAGAAACUGGGAGCUAUGUUUGUGAGUUCUGUGGGAAGCAGUACAAGUAUUUCAACCCAUACCAGGAGCACGUUGCUCUUCACACACCAAUGGGCUCCUUUGAUAUUAAGGCAUCACGGGUACAGGAAUGUGGGAGCAUGGAUAUGAGUAAAUUUGGCCACAGCCAAACUGGUAAGAUAAAAAGCAGUCCAUUCAGGCGGAAACUGGAGAGUGCGAUUCAGUCCAGUCUGGUUGACACAAACAGUUCUCAGAAUUCAAGCGGAACUCCGAGCCCUCUGGUGGCCAGCUCCUUCUCUACAACACAGAAACCCUACACUUGUGGUGCCUGUGGCAUCCAGUUCCAGUUCUACAACAACCUGCUGGAGCACAUGCAGUCCCAUGCUGCCGACAAUGAGAACCACACCAAAGGGGACUCUCCAAAAACCUCCUCAGCCUCGGGUCCUCAGGAGCAGAUGUGGAGAGGUUCUCAGGCUCAGACCCAGGCUCAGGCUCAGGCUCAGGCUCAGGCUCAGGCCCAGGCCCAGGCCCAGGCCCAGGCCCAGGCCCAGGCCCAGGCCCAUCCCUCAGUUAAACUACAAAUCCAGCCUCAAAGUAUCUCCCAGAGAAACCACACUCUCAGCCAGAAUAAUGGACUACCUGAGAAGGAGCGACAGCAGGUGGCUGAGCGGCUUUUACGGGUAAUGUGUUCAGAUCUGAGCAUGCUAAACGUGCUCAACAGCAAGGACUUCCUAAAGUUGGCACAAACCCUAGUGGAUACGGGGGCUCGUCAUGGUGCCUACUCUACCCGUGAUGCCCUUGGCAACAUGAGUGCCUUGGCACUGCGCCAACUACCCCGCAUGUACAACCAAGUCAAAGUCAAAGUCACAUGCGCUCUAGGCUCUAAUGCUUCUCUCGGCAUCGCUGUCACCUGCCACUCCCAGACAUCAGGCCCAGAUGCUUGCUAUGUUCUAACAGCCUACCAGGUGGAGGGGUCAAGACUGAAGCGCUAUGUUCUCGGUGUGAGGGAGGUUGAGCUGAGGGAAGGGCCUGAGCAGGUUCACCACUGGGUGCAGAAUGUUCUGUCUGAGUUUGUGAUGUCAGACAUUCGCACUGUGUAUGUCUCAGAGCCCAGGGUGUGGGCAGCAGGAUUUGGGGGAUCACCACUGGGCAGUGGUGGCCGGGGGAGAAUAUGCUUGCGAUGCGCAGGAUGUUCACUUGGUGCAGUUGUCCAGGCAGUUCUUGGAAAGCGCAGCCUCCAGGCUCGAGGGCUCCAUGAGUUGGCUGAGCUUCUCUCAACAUGCCGAGAUAUUGCCUCCUCCACCACACUGGCGUUUCGUGAGGAACAGUGCACCAACACAUCCACAAGCACAACUGAGGAAGGUACACAGGGCAGCCCUGCACAAUGCCCCACCCCUCCUUGCUGGGAUCGUAUGGCUGAAGCUCUGCUGCAGGUCCAUGCCCACUUUGAGCAGAUCUGUGAGGCUUAUGGUCGCAGUAAGUCGACGGCUCCACUCCUCCAGGGUCUCAACAAGCAUCUGCUAGGCACACUGGCUUGUCUGCUGGCACCUCUGCGUUUGGCAGCUCUGGAGCUCAGCAGCCAGAGGAGACCAACUUUACAACAAGUGCUGCCUGUCUACCUACGCUUGGAGAAGUUUUUCACAUCCAAAGCUGGAGAGGCUGGAACCGGCACUGCCAGCAAACUCUGCCACUACUUCCUAGAAGCACUCAAGGAAAACUUCAAGGUCGAACGAGCCCACCAGGUAGCCAUGGUACUGGACCCACAGCUCAAGUUGCGCUCAGUCCCAGCCUACCAACAUGAGGACAUAAUCUCCCGUGCAUGCGAAAUGGCUGCUGAAUCCAGGGAUGGAGGUAUGACAGGUGGUGGAGGAUCAGGUGGCGAAGAGCGUGACACCGAUGGCCCGCCAACCCCUAAAAUAAGCCGCAUAGAGGGAGGUGGAAACAAUGGUGGCAGUUCAAUGGGGACGUCAUCAUCUUGCUCAGUGUCUGGUAAUGAUGAGAGUCAAAGCCAAGUUAGACAAGAGAUUUUUCAAUACCUGGCUGAGCCUGUUCUCCAAGGCACACCUGAUCUUUUCCAGUACUGGAGCUCAGCUGUGGGUGAGAAGUUCCCCAGGCUCGCUCGCCUGGCACUGUGGCUACUUGCUGUGCCUGCUGUGGGCAUACGCAGUGAAUGCAUAACUGUGUGCGAGCAAAGCCUAGCUAUGAAGAGGAGGCAGCAGGUAACCGCUGAGGAGAUGAACAAACUAAUUUUCCUUCGCUCUAACAUGGGCUAGAAGAGAAACCCAACCAACCAAACCUUCACCUCCAACCAAUGACUAUUAUUUAUAUAGGUUUAGACCAACUGUAAACUUAAAUGUGUAUGGACAAUAAAUACUUCUUGAGACAGAUAUUUACCGAAAAAAACUCACGUUGUAUAGGUUGCAAACACCCAUAAAACAAUAAGGCUUAUAUAUUUUAUAUGGAGAAAGAACAGCUGUAAAGUACUGUGGACAAAAUUUAGGGGUGGAACGGUAACUCUCAAAAGAUUGUCCUGUUUGGUACGCCACCCUCGGUUUGGGAUGCACAUUUGAGCAGGAUGAGUUUUGUCUUAUUGUGGCCAGUGAUUUGAUUUACUCCAGCCUAAUGACAAAACCGCUAAAAGGCUAUAUGCUGUUAUUCUCAUUGGAUGGCAACAUUGUCAGGUAAUGUCAGCUCUCACUGCUUGAAUUAACUGUCAUCGACCUCUGAUCAGAGAUGCCUAUGAGGAGUAUGGCAGUAAAUACUGUAGCAUAUACAGUAGGUUGUAGAAUCAUCCUUUUUGUUUGUGUACGACAAAAAAAUCUGUGGUGAAUCUUCACUGCCAUUGCACCUCUGACAAUUAAAUGUACUCGGUUCAUGGUUUACUAUCAUGCAUCACAGAAAAUUAUAUUUUUCAGCAUUUUCAACCAUAGGAGAAUGGGAAUGAAUGAAUGGGAGGAGAUAAUGUGGAGAUAACUGCAAUCUAAAUCAUUGCAGCUAAUUUGAUGGUUGCUUCAGUGGCCUCAAAAUGUAGCUGUGGAUCAUUUGCAUGCACCACACUGCUUGCAUUUUUAAUUCUAAAGGGUAAAAAGUAGCUGAUUAAACAUUAAUUCCAAUAUGAUGCCUUCCUCUUUGUUUAUUACAAAUUGUAAAGAAAAGUCAUCCAAUGGUUUUGUUUUCCUUCUAAAAUUAACUUGAGGUCUUAUGCUGCUAGAUAUGCAAGUCAAACUGCUAGACUCGCAUAGAAAAGACAAAAUUAUGAAGUUAAAUUGAAUGAAGUCAAGCUUUUGGUUGAGUUUUCAAGGCAAAUACUACAUGCACAAAGAGGAAAAAGCAUCAUAUUAGAGCGUUUUUGGUCAGACCUUACGCUGAUUUCAUUCAGCCUUAUUAUACAGUAGCUAGGUUGCACCAACAGGGAAAAAAAUAUUUUGAUAAAUAUAUUAUCCUUUAACUUUUAAUACUUGAUGGUACAACCGAGCGUGCAUGUCAGGUAAAUACACAAUACAAUACAAUAAUAACAUCUGUUGUCCAUUUUGGCUGGCUUGAUGAUAGUUUCGGAUAAUUCCAUCAGUCAACUCUGUGUAAAGAGACACCUACAGUCAACUUUAAGUUGCAUCAAUACACUUAUUUUUACACCAGAGACGUUUUACCUGUGCAUUGCCCUCAAGUAAACAGCAGUAAUGUUAUUAGCCAUCAGUUUGGUAAGCUAGAGGUGUCAACAAGCAGUAGGCAAGGAUUUAAUUCAUAAUUGUGUAAAUCUUGUGUGGCUGCCCGCUGUGUGUGUGUUUGUGAGAGUGUGUGUGUGUGUGUGUGUGUGAGAGUGUGUGUGUUUGUGUGUGUGUGAGAGAGAGCGAGAGACUUGUCCAUAGGAAACUUACUAUCAUUUUAUUUAUUAUUCUUUCCUCAUUUAUCACUAAAUAUUGUCUUCCUUAUGUGAGCUACAGAUUUUCAUUUUUCAAGGCAAUAAGCUUUAUCACAGGGCAUAGUUUCCAACCUUCUCUAUUAAACAUGACUGUUCUAAUAAUGCUCCUAUGGUUAAUUAUUAACAGUAAAUUAUUUUCAGUUUGUGAAAUCAAUGGGAUUUUCUCAGGAAUGAGUGCACCCAAGCAGGCACCGCCACUUUUUUCCUCACUGUACCGAAAACACACCAAACUGUGACCUCAAUGCCGAGGCAUGUACUGAACCAUGACUUUUGUGAAACGUUCCACCCCGAAUGCAGUUAGUGCCACUUGCAACAAACGAAAAAUGGAUCACUGAGGGUUUAUUUCUUAUUUUCAGGACGAAACCAAUUCUACCAGUACAUUCACUAAAGUCAACACUAAUGAAGACAAGUUAUUUAUUUUUUUAUGGAUUCUAGAGUACAUUUAGCUAAUACCUCCUAAAAUGACUUGGAUGAAUGGAAGCUAUACUGUAAAUGUGUUUGUUGCUUCUGGUACUAAUUAGUCAAGUACUAGUUUGUCAUCUCUGUGUUUGGGCCUUAAGUCACUUUCAUGCAAUCACCUUAAACCCUACAGUCAGAGCCAACAUCAUGCCUUUAUAUUGCUGAUCAAUGGCCUUCUUUUUACCAUCUUCUAUGAAGCUUGUAGUUUGUUUGUUUGUUUUUUUGUUUCUUUUUCCACUCUGGUAUACUCAAAGGGAUGUAUGGCUGAUGGUUGGAAACAGUGUCCUCUAGUGGUCAAAUGUGGACUAUUUAAUCAUGGACAACUGCUAUUUGACAAGUGCUUUUAUACCCAAGUUCUCUAAAAAGAUAGAACGAAUUAAGCAUGUAUGUUUUUUUGUGUUUUCUCUUGGUUUAUAAAAUAGGGGUCAGGAAUUAUUCUAACAAUAACACACCCAAGCACAACUAUCCACUGUAUAAAGCUUAUACUGAUAUGACUCAGUAGUCGAGCAAAAAUCAAACCAGUGCAUAUCAUUGUUGCAGUUCUUCAUUGGGGUCAAACCAGAGUAAGAAGUUAUAUCAAUAUACUGAUAUUUUGAUAUGAAACUCAUUAGGAUUUUGGUUUGAGACUCAUUUGGAUUUUGGUUUUCAUAAUAUUUAUAGUGGGCAUAUUUUUUACUUGGCCCUUUACCUCUUAUUUAAAAAAAUAAACCAAUAAUAGUCCUGAAAAUGUUAAUGUAUUAUCAACAGUUAAAAAUAUUAUAGUCUUAUAAAUCUGUUUUUGUCGUGUGUCCUAGCUUGAGGCCUCAGUACAGUCACAUUACACUUCUGCCCUACGAAUAGUCGCUCUGUCUCCCUUUCAUUUCAAUUGAAGCCUGUACAAUUGACACAUUCUAGCUUGUGUUUCCUGUUUCUGUGUUAUCUCCAUUGGUCAGAGCUCACCCUUGUUCAGCUUCGACCUUGCAAAUGUGCAAGCCAAUAGAAACUUGAAAAUGGAGAAGUUACUAUUCUAGCACUGUGUCACCACCUCCUUUUUUGUUUUGUAUCACACUAACAGACUGCAAACUGCAGCAAUCAAUCUCAUAUUAGAUUGAUCUAGAGCUGCAAUGAUUAGUCAGUUAAUCGAUUAGUUGACAACUUUUAAACGAAUCACCAACUAUUUUGAUCAAUUUAAUCAUUUUGAGUCUUUGACAUUAGCAGAUGUCACCUUGAGAUUUGGGAACAGUGACGGACAUUUUUCACCAUUUUCAGACAUUUUAUGGACCAAACAACUAAUCGAAUAAUCAGGAAAAUAAUUGACUGAUGAAUCGAAUGAAAAUAGUGUAGCUGCAGCCCUAGAUUGAUUGCCCUGAUCAAUGUUUAUCACCCACAUAAAAAUCGUGACAUCACAUCCUUUUUUGGAGCUGAGCACGGGGUAGUUUUGUUAAAUGGAAGGCUAAUGUGACUGUACCUUUUUAGGUUGUGAGGACAUGGGAAGUAGGAAGUUAGCACACCACACACUGGAACUUAAAGGGCAUGUGAGUGAACAGUCUAGUGUAAAGCCAAGAACAGAUCAAUGUCUCAUCAAAAUGAGAAUCUGUUAGUUCACGAGUAAAGGCAGUUGUGACAGUUCUCAUUUAUAUAAUAAAAUGUGUCGGCUUUUAUUAUAAUUGCAAAAAAUGUCUAAAAUGCUGAAAUUAUGUUAAUCAGUGGUCAAAGGCUCUGCAUUAUAAACUGUUUAACUACUACAUGAGAUGUUUUUUAAUAGUCUUUAGGCCUCCUUACCUCCAUUAACAGCUUUUAUGUUGUUUCAUAAAUGUUUUUCUUUCCUAAAGGGUUUCUUAAAAACAUCUUUUUUUUUUUUUUUAAACAUAUAGGUUCUUGACACAAAUUAUUAUUGUGUCUACGUUGAUUUUAACACAGUUUAAAAACGCCGUUCAUCUGUUUUACCUCUGUAAGGCUUUGAGAGAAUGACUUUAUUCAAUGUAUCCAAGACAUACAUCAUUGCAUUGUGAUCAUUUGCAUUCCUGAAAUCAAUAUAUGUAUACUGCUGUUUUAAAACUGAUUUAUGUCAAACAUUUAUAUUUUGGUAAAAAAAAAAAAAGAAAGAAAUUGCUGUAAAUUAUAUUUUAAAUUUAAUUUUUUAAGUACCAAUCCAAUGUUUUACCUCAAGUACUCAAAAGGUAAUAUGGUAAUUUAAAGAUUGGAAAUGAGCUGUUCAUACAAAAUUUAGGUUUGGUCAGAGAAAUAGUCAAAAUACUGUACAUUGGUCUGUGGUUUUAGCGGCGAUCCUCGAUUGAACCGAUGAAGGGAUUUUUCUUACAGUUUUUAAAUAAGUAUUUUAAAUAGGAUAUGCUCUGGGACAAAAUGCCAUUGUUGACGUAAUGAUGUCAACUUAAUUUUACUUAGAAAUAGCAUUGUUUUUGUUGAUUAAAUGAGAAUUAUAUCUAAGAUAUGCAUGCUUUUAAUAAGAGUACUGAUAUAUAAAGUUAUAAGCCAGUGUUUCUCAUCAGGUGGAAGUGAAUCAUGUUGGCUCUGAGUAGACGUUACCUUAAGACGCUCAUCGAGUCAGAUGAGCAACCCCGGAUUGAAUUUGAACCUUUUCGAGGGGGGAGUAGCGAUGCUGAUCAUGGGUUGGUGUUUCUGGGUUGACAUCAUCCAUUUUCAGAGGAUGUAUUAUGUAAAUACAAGAGAACUGCUGUUUUUAUGUCACAAGGGGGCGCCUUCAUUUCAGAGAUACAGUAGGGAGCACCAAUAACAUUAUACCUCUUUUUUCUACAGUAGCAUUUCAAAAGGUUUUGAUAUAAUAGAAAACUCAACUUAGAUACUGUUAUUAGAAAACUGAGAUCAGUUGUAAGUUUUAUUUUGUUUCAGGAUUUUAACUUAUUCAGAUAAUAAAAAGUUCAAUUGUAAAAUAUGGUAUAAGAAUGCUAACAUGGAGAUCUCUUCUGUUCAGCUAUGGAUUAUAGUCUGCAUUAUCAAUUCAGGUUAAGAAACUAGUGUUGCUUUCAUUGUAUUUUACAGGCAUUUCUUCCUUUUAUACUCUGCUAAAAUGCAAAAAAUGUGUUUGAUUCUAUUCAUUUUGUCUUUUUUAUCGCACUUUGGCAGCAGAUUCCUGUGUAGAUUCCAAUCUGAGUUGUCUUAUUAGUAAGCCUAAUUUAUACUUUUGUAGCAACACUAUUUUUAUAUAAUGGCAAAGAAAAGGGUUCAGUGUCUUUUUUUUUGUUUUGUUUUUGUUUUCCUGUGUCAUAUAUGGCAGCGCUGUUCAAUGUUUCUUGAAUACAUUACCCACUGUAGUAUGUGAUGUGUGAAUAAACUCCAAAUCUGUGUCAAA